UUUAUGAUGCCGCUUUUACUGCUUGUAUUCAUUGCAUCAUUUGCUUGAAUCGAAAUCACACACGUUUCGACUCCUGUGCCGAAAUUUUCUCGUUAUAUACAUUCUAGCCUUGGUCCAUUAAGUUCGCUGCAUUUUUUAGAUAGCCGAUUAAAUUUGUUUAAACAAAAAAACAACAUGGUUUUCCCAAGGAAAAGGGGUAGGCCGUCUAAGGUCGAUCAAAGCAUUGAAAAGUCAGAGGAAAUUCCUCCAAAUAAAGAUACUGAAACAAUAAGUAUGAACAAAAAAAGAGGCCGUCCACGAAAGUCAAUGGAAAUAACAAAUUUUUUUAAGGUAGAUAAAAAAUUAUCCACAAACUCUGAUGAAAAUGCUUCCAAGUUGGAAAGUGAAGUUUCAAAAAUGGAUAUCGAAACUAGUGAAUCUGCAGUAGAAAAAUUGGUUGGCCCGCUUGAUGAAAAAAAUGUUGAAGAUAUGGGAAGCCAAAAAAAUGUAAAUGAUGAUUCUUCAAAUUUAUCAACAGAUAUUGAUAACUUUAGUAAUACAAUUAAUGCACAGGAUAAUUCUGAAGAAGUAUCGAAAAACAUCAAAGAAGUUGAUAUACCAAAAAAACGUAGAGGACGUCCAAAAAAAUCAGAUACUAGUCCUACAAAGACAGAUGUUAAACCAAGUUCAAUUUCUGUUGAUAAAACAACUGCAAGCAGUGAUAUUAUUUCUGAUAACUCAAUUCAAAAUUCUUCUAGUCAAGACAGAAGUUUAAGGCGUUCAAGAAGAUCAGCCACAUUACCUCCUGAAGAAUCAAAAAAUCUUAGUUCUCCAGAUUUAGCUAAUGAAAGUUUAAGCGGUAAUAAUGUAAAUUCUGAGAUAUCUAAAGUUGGUAUAGUUCAUAAAAAAUCUUGUAUUACAUCAGCAAAAUCUGAUGUAAGUCCUACAAAAAAAGGUGUUACAUUUAGUUUUGAAGAUACUGAAAAAUCUCAAUAUAGCAAAAAUACUGUUGAACCUGAGACUCCUAAGAAGAGAGGUCGACCAAAAAAAACAAAAAACAUUGAAAAUAUGGAUAGUUCCCAUCUUGCAGAUGCAUCCAUGGAUGAUGAAACUAAUGCUAAAAAUGAAGAACAAAGUGCUUCACCAAGAAAGAGCGGUAGAGAUUCUUCUUUGCGCAACAGAUCAGUAAAUUCAAACAAUGAAUCUAUUGUGAAUCAAACGAUUUCGGCUGACUCUACUUGUGAUCAAGUGAGUGAGAUUGAAAGUGAUGAUGGUAAUCCUGAAGAAUCGUUAACUAGGAAGAGAGGAAUUUCUGGUAAACGAGGGAGACCACGUGGUAAAAGGACAAAACGUGAUGAAGAUUUUAAACCACAACGUAUGCAGACUUCUAUUCAAUCAUUCAUGAAACCUAUUGCAAAGCAAAAGGACGAAAUGCCAAAGCCAGAGGAACCAUCAACUUGGAAUGUAACUUGUGGUAAAUGCAAAGAAGAAAUGCUUAAUACACAAUGGACUCGACAUAAUUUACAAUCACAUAAUAAUUUAGGAUGGCAAAGCGACAAAGAGAAACCAAAUUUCAGUGAAGAUCAAAUAAAGAAAAUUAUCAAAAAAGCUCAUAAAUUAAGAAAAGGUUCUUUGAUAUGCGAUGUUGCAUGCAAGGAGGUAAUGCGCAGUGUCGACGGCUACAAUUCACAUAUUCUAUUUUGUGGCAAAACCAAAGAUGAAAUUAAAGCUCUCAUGUACGUCUGUGAGAUUUGUAACGCCACUAUGAAACCUGCUUCACGUGAUUACCAUGUCAGAUGGCAUAAAAAAGAGGAUGAGAAAAAACUGAAUCCUGUAUUGACGGAACCAGAAUCCACUGAUGAUCAAAAACCUAAAAGAAAAGCUGCAGAAAAGGCUGAUUCAAAAUUAAAAGAAGUAAUGAGUGAUUGCAAAGAUGAAAAAGAAAAAGUCUCCAUUAGAAAAAUGAAAAAUGUCAUUGAGACUCCAAAACCAAGAAAGAUUGCAAGUAUUGCUAUAAAGCAAUGGAUAGAAACCAUCGCUAAAGGUGAAAAGGCCACUUGUACAUCACUGGGCUGUAAUUUCAGUUGUGGCACUAUUGAAGAAAUCAAAAAGCAUUAUAAUGAAUGCAGUUUUCGGCCGCAACAGUAUUACAAUUGCAAAAAGUGUGAAUUUAAAUCUUUAUCCAAAGAGGAGAUUCUAAAUCACGCAGUAAAAAAUCACCUUGAAGAAAAUUAUGAUUCAAAUGUUUCGGGAGCUGAGAGCGGGGCAUCCGAGAGUGAAGAAGAAGCUUCAGCAAAUACAAAAGUUGUGAAAAAACCAUCUAAAAAACCCCAAAUGAAUAAGAGAGGAAUAGUAGAUCCUAAACGUUUUAAAUUCUUGGACGAGGACAACUUUGAUUACAGAUCAAAUAAUGUACUCACUCCUGCAUUCAAAUGGACUUUAGAGUUUCAAAAGGAGCAGUAUUCAACGAUUUUAUUUCAAAAGAAUUCAAUGAUUUCAUUUGAUGUGAAGUUGUACGAAUUAUGCAACAAGAAUCAAAUUGAAGAAUGUUUCAACAUUUUUGAAUCAAUAAAUGUUAAAACAAAAGAAAAAACUAAAGAACAGAGUGAAGAAUGGAAAAAAUUUAAAUUAUUCGAAAACGAAUGCAUCAAGGGUGAUCAAACAUUUUUUGUCGGGGGUCCUGUGUCUUCUUUGGCGUGGCUACCCUUACCUAGUACAAUCGAUUCAAGUGACUUGGACCAAUAUCUUGCAGUUACUACUUUCCCAUCAAUGGAUUUUGAACUAGACAUAUUUGGAUCAUAUUCCGGAAAAAAUAUUAUCCAAAUUUGGAAUGUUGGGAAACUUCAUAACAAAAAGGGUCACAGAAGCACACCAGAAUUUUCAUAUGGUAUACUUAAUGAAGGUGGUAUCGUUUUAGCCAUGGAAUUUUGCCCAUCAGGUUGUUAUCAGAAUGAAAAUUUAGGCGAAAAAUGCGGAUUUUCCGACGAUGUAAAGUCGAGAAUGGGAUUACUAGCAGUUGCUUGUUCCGAUGGUUGUGUAUAUAUUUAUGCUCUGGACUUUCCAGAAAACUUGCCAAACAGACCCAAUGAGAACAGAGAAAGAAUAUACAAGACGGAUCCUGUAAUGACAUUGGUUUUGUCUUCCCAAGUUUAUGACGCUCGUAAACAAGACUUCAAAGUUACGAGAAUAUGUUGGACGAAACAAAAGGGCCAUACUACUGUCGUCGGAGGACUGUCUAACGGAAUGGUAGCUUUUUGGAAUAAUAUCGACGAUCCGAACCACCCAUGGCUUUUCGAGCGAAAUAAUCGAAUUUUCUAUGGAGCCACUCGAAUGUUCAGAGCUCAUCAGCAUGCAAUAACGAUGUUACAUUUCGACGCUACUCAUGAUAUUUUAGCAACUGCUAGUUUGGAUAGAGACUACAAAGUUUGGAAAACAAAAUGUGGCUAUCACUAUAUAUCUCUUAACAACUCUCGAAAAUUGAAUAGUAAGAAAAGCAUGAUUACCGAUGGCGCUUGGUUAAACGUUUGGGGGUCUGGAAUACUCACUUACGACCACUCUCUAAGUCUGAAUCACACCUACGUUUAUUGUUUUCCUUUCAAAAGAUACAAUUACAAAGAUUACAAUCUUUUGCCACUAAAUUCCUCAAGUUAUACGGUUGCAGCAUCAGAUUUUUCUAAUGGUGUAGCUACUGGAACUGUGGCAGGUGAAAUUUUAGUAAUUUUUCCUCAUGCUAUAAAUAAUUUGAGAGAUAUGGACCGGUUGGUGCCUAAAUUACGCAAAAUUUCUCUGGUUGCAGGAGUAGAAGUUCAUGAUUUAACUGCUCAAAGUGAAACGUCUGAAGAAGGUGAAAAAAAAUCACAAAAUGUGAACAAAAACCAGACUGAAAACGAUUUCCAAAUCUAUGAAGAUUUUCGAAAUCACGGGCUUGUAUUCAACAAUCAAAUGACUGCUCUACAAAAUUAUUACAUUAGAAAUCAAAUUAUUGGAAAAUCAUCGAAAAAAACAAUGACUAGGGAAGAAUUGAAGUCAUGGCCUGUUGAUCAAUUUCCACUACUAAGGGUCAACAAAGUAUCAUGGAACCCAAACGUCGAGAGUUUUCUAUGGCUAGCAUCCGGUUAUCAGUGUGGUUUCAUUCGUCUUAUGUCGUUCGAUUGUGUCGCAUCGAGCGAUUGGGUAAAACCUCUUGAGCGUUUUAGACAAUCUUUUUGAUUAGAUGAAUAAAAAAUUUAGAAUUUGUCAAUCAUCUUUGAAAAUUUUAAAAUCGAAAGUUCAAGUUUUCGAGUAGU